AUGGAGGAGAGGUUCUUUAAGUCGCCUCUGCCUGCGCUGGACUUGGUGCUGAACGACUCCAGUCUGGCUCUGCCGACCGAGCCCAGUCCGAGGUCCUCGACCAGAACCGAGUCUGAAGACCGGAGCCUCCGUGUUCAGCGGCAGGUCCGGCUCACCCUGGAGCGGAAGACAAAGAGGAAUCUCUCUAAUGGUGGAGCCAGCCUGCAGAAACACACAGCAAGAAGUUUAGAUGGUGAUGAAGGAUUUUCUUCUAACACUAAGGUAAAUGGACCGAGCUUCAUCAGCCGCACUUUAUCAAUCAACCAUGUGAAGAGACCAUCCAGGAAGGUAGCGAUGUCUCCAGAACCCAACCCAGAUUUAGCUCGCCGUCACUUCAACAGUACGUAUCGCCGUGGGGUGUACACAGUCCCUGGACCUGGUCAUUCACAUGCACUGGCGACUUUGAUGAACUCCACGGGAGACUCCGAUUUAUUUCAUCGCUAUGCUCUCUUAGAGACCCCUCAUGGCAGCUGGCUGCCUUCAUCCAUGUCCACACCUGGGACUUUCAGCCCCUCGUCUCUGAGACAGACGGCUAGAUCGCGGUCUGCAGGGUUUCAGCAACACGCUCAGAAUGACUUUCUGACGAGUCGCAGACAAAACGCUGUUACGCUCAGUGAUCAGAUGUUUGGAUCUGCCCAGCCUGAUGAGGACUUGAUCUGCCCAGCUCAGGUCAGCGGGGACCAGAGGUCCAUGAGACUGGACUCGUUCUCACCGUCUGGUGGCAGAGCAGAGAUGGACACGGGGAGACCCGUGGCGAAACAACUCGGCGCACAACAGAAACAGAAUCCGUCACGCAGGGAAUCGAAGAAUAAACCUCCAGCGAUGACGCUGGAGCGGGCUGUGAGCCUUUUGACCACAAACGAUGAGGAAACUCUGAUCGAUGCCGUCAACAGUAUACAAAGUCUGUGUUUCCAGGGAGAAGACGCUAAAAAGACGGUGUAUAAUCUGCAUGGGAUUGAAAAACUGCUGCAGCUGCUUAACAACGACAGCGAAGAGGUGCAGCAUGUUGCUGCUGGAGCGCUGCGUAACGUUGUCUACAACAACAACGAAAACAAGAUGGAAGUCAAGGACUGUGACGGCUUGGCCAUCAUUGUGAACACGCUGACAAACAGCAUCGAUAUGGAGACGAGAUGCCAGCUCACUGGUCUUAUGUGGAACCUCUCCUCUCAUGACGUUUUAAAGGAGUGCUUCCCCAAAAACACUGCAUGCGUCUUAACCAAGUCAAUCCUGGUGCCCAGCUCUGGCAUUUUGGAAGGCGAGAACCCAAAAGACGAGCUUCUUGCUGAUGCUAAUGCUUUCUACAACGCCACAGGCUGCCUACGAAAUCUGAGCUCUGCUGGCCCAGACGUCCGUCAAGCUAUGAGGGUGUGUGAGAACCUCAUCGACUCGCUUGUUUACUACAUCCGAGGAACCGUCGCCAACCAGAACACCAAUGAUGAGUCCACGGAGAACUGCGUCUGCAUCCUGAACAACCUGACUUUUCAGUUUGGGUUCGAGCUUUCGCAGCAACACGUGAAACUCCCCAGAGAAUCUCGACAAGUCUCGGCUCCUGAGCGGACGUCUGUGGGCUGCUUUUCUCCUCGCAGUGCCAAAAUCUCACAGGAUGUGGAGCAGCAGCGCCUCCCGCUGGAGGAGAACCCCAACCCGCACGGCGCAGAGUGGCUGUGGAGCCUCAUCACCAUGAGGAUGUACGUGUCGCUGGUGGUCUGCAGCAAGCGGCGGCUCACGCAGGAAGCUGCCUUUGGGGCCUUGCUGAACAUCACGGCUGAAAACGGAGCGGUGUCCAAAGCCAUCGCCGUCACUUUAUUUCAGAAGGAAAACGGACUCAAGCUCAUUAAGAACAUCUUACACAAGGGACGCAGUCAUUUAAAGACGACGGCCAUUUCCCUCACUGCAAACCUCUCUCGCCACCACGAACUGCGUCCUUUCAUUGCGAGCCAGAUGUUGACAGAAAUAGUGGACAGGUUGGUCUACGACGACCUGACCAACGAGGAGCUGAUAAAUCUGUUCCACAUCCUCAUUAAUCUGAGUCAGAGUGACGUGAGGACCGCCAGAGCCAUCGUCAACCAGGGCGCCCUGACGACCAUCAUCCACAGCAGCAAAAACAACAGUCAAGCAGGUAAGACGGCGACUGUUCUGCUGCAGACGAUGUGGGUCCACAGUGAAGCCCAGUGGGCCCUGAAGAAGAAUGGAAUCAAGAAGUCUGAAUUAUUCAACUCAAGGACAACAAAGGUCAUGAAUUCACUGAAGUAACAGAACCGAA